CUCACCUAUAACUUUAUUUAAAGGAAAAUAAUUCUGUUUGCUGCUGUUUCCAAAUUGCUUGCUUUGAUGUUUGUUCUAAGUUUCUAGUCCUUUAGAUGAACUAGUUCUAGGGGCUACACGCCUGCUUAUUGUCAGGAAGGGGGUUUUCAAAUAAAAGGGAAAAACCUAAAUUUCUUUGCAAAGGCAGAAUUUGCAGAGAUGGAAAUGUCAGCUUUCUUCUCGUGGCAGGUUGUCGCUGAGAAACGAUCAGGAUGCCCCCGGGAAUUUAUUGCCCGGCAGAGUUUUGGUCGAAAGAGAGCAACUACACCAUCCAUGUGGACUUCCUCUUGCCAACCGGGAUUUACUUGCCCCUCUCUGUUUCUUGCCAUGCCAGCCUGGCUGCCAUCAAAAAGGUGGUCUGGCACCAGGCCCAAUAUGAGCCCUUCUUCCAGAUGCUCAGCCCCCCGGAUUCCUACGUCUUCACCUGCAUCAACCAAGCGGCGGAGCAGCAAGAACUGGAGGACGAGCAGAGACGCCUUUGCGACGUACAGCCCUUCCUGCCAGUCUUGCGGCUCGUGGCCCGCGAGGGGGACCGGGCGAAGAAGCUGCUGAACUCCCAGAUUAGCCUCCUCAUUGGCAAAGGUCUGCACGAGUUUGGCUCCUUGGCGGACUCCGAGGUGGACGACUUCCGUGCCAAAAUGCAAGACUUUUGCGAGCAGAGAGCCGCUCAGCGCCAACAGCUAAGCUGGAAGGCCUGGAUGGAGUACAGCUUCCCCGUGCAACUGGAGCCCACCGCCAGCGGGCUCGGGAGGAGGAAGACCCUGCCCGUGCCCAGCAAGAACGUUUUUGUCAACGUCAAAUUCCAAUCCGGAGGGGAGAGUUUCACUUUUCAGAUUUCCCUGAAGGAAUUCCCCGUCACCCUCAUGAGCUACGCCAUCAAGAAGCAAGCCACCAUCUUUCGCCACCAGAAAGUGAACAGCGUAGAAGAGUACACCUUGCAGGUUAACGGGAAAUGCGAAUAUAUCUACGGGGAGUAUCCGCUUUAUCAGUUCCAGUACAUCCGCGGGUGCCUCCACCAGCGUCUCGUCCCCCACCUCAUUAUGGUCCACAGAUCAUCUCUCCUGACUCUGCGGGAAGAACAGAGCAAUGGGCUUGGGCUUCCCCCCAAAGUCGCCCCCAAACUGUCUCCGGGCCCUAAGCAAAAGCUGACCUGCGUAUCUCUGUGGUCCCUUGAGCAACCGUAUUACAUCGAGCUCCUGCAUUGCAAUAAGGUGAAUGCUGAUGAAGGAAUGAAAUUGGUUGUGCAAGCCGGGCUGUAUCACGGCCAUGAGAUGCUCUGCAAAAUGAUGACCAGCGCAGAAGCCAACGUUUGCUCCGAGCCCGUGUGGGAGCAGACGCUGAAAUUUGACAUUAACGUCUGCGACCUACCCCGCAUGGCCCGGCUCUGCCUGGCCCUCUACUCGGUCGUGGAAAAAGCCAAAAAAGCGAGAUCCACCAAGAAGAAAUCGAAAAAAGCCGACUGCCCGCUUGCUUGGGUGAACGUGAUGCUGUUCGACUACCAAAACCAGUUGAAAACGGGGGAGUGCGUCUUACCCAUGUGGGCGGCCUUUCCAGACGAGAAGGGAGAAUUGUUAAACCCAACGGGCACGAUCCAGACCAAUCCCAACACGGAGAGCGCGGCCACGCUUGUCAUCCGCUUCCCCGGCAUUUCGUUGUAUCCGAUCUACUACCCUUCCCUGGAACAGAUCUUGGAGAAAGGGCAGAACGGCCAUUGCGCCUACGGUACGGGAGAGGACCCAGAAGAGGUCACCUCCCUGUCUAGGGGCUGCAUACCACGGCCGUGUUUCCUUCCGGGCUCUUCUGACAGAAGGGGAGCAAAAGACGGCGGUUUGGCCCAAUCCAGAGCUAAUCCUCUGCUUGUCUCACAGAUGGUUUUUUUGCUCCAAUCCUGGCCCGAGCUGCCUGUUCUCAACGCCCUGGAGCUUUUAGAUUUCAGUUUCCCUGACCCCAACGUGGGCCGCUUCACCGUCAACUCCCUGAAAAAGCUGACAGAUGCCGAAUUGUUCCAGUAUCUCUUGCAGCUGGUCCAAGUUCUGAAAUACCAGUCCUACUUAGACUGCGAAUUAACCAAGUUCCUUCUGGACAGGGCCUUAUCCAACCGGAAAAUUGGCCACUUUCUCUUCUGGCAUCUCAGAUCGGAAAUGCACCUCCCCUCGCUUGCUUUAAGGUUCGGCCUGAUCCUCGAGGCCUACUGCCGAGGAAAUGCCCACCAUAUCAAAGCUCUGAUGAAACAGAGCGAAGCCCUCAACAAGUUGAAGGCCCUGAAUGACCUCAUCAAGGUCAGUGCCCAGAAAAACACCAAACCUCAAACCAAGGAGUUCAUGCACACUUGUAUGCGCCAAGAGACCUACCAAGAUGCCCUCUCCAAUCUCCAGUCCCCUCUGGAUCCCCGAAUUUUCCUGGCAAAAGUCAGCGUAGAGCUUUGCACUGUCAUGGAUUCAAAGAUGAAGCCGCUGUGGAUUAUGUUUAAUAACGGCGAGACGGGAGGAAACAGCACAGGCUUGAUAUUCAAAAAUGGAGACGAUCUUCGUCAGGAUAUGUUGACACUCCAGAUGAUCCAACUCAUGGACAUCUUAUGGAAGCAAGAAGGCCUGGACUUGAGGAUGACCCCUUAUGGCUGCCUUUCCACAGGAGACAAGAUGGGGCUGAUCGAAGUGGUGAUGAAGUCAGACACCAUUGCCAACAUUCAACUCAACAAGAGCAAUAUGGCGGCCACUGCCGCUUUCAACAAGGAUGCCCUCUUGAAUUGGCUGAAGUCCAAAAACCCUGGUGACGCACUGGAGCAAGCCAUCGAGGAAUUCACGCUUUCGUGUGCUGGAUACUGUGUCGCUACAUAUGUGUUGGGGAUUGGUGACCGUCACAGCGACAACAUCAUGGUCCGAGAGAACGGCCAGUUGUUCCAUAUUGAUUUUGGCCAUUUCCUGGGAAACUUCAAGACCAAAUUUGGGAUCAAUCGUGAGCGGGUGCCUUUCAUUCUGACCUACGACUUUGUUCACGUGAUCCAGCAGGGGAAAACCAACAACAGCGAGAAGUUUGAACGAUUCAGAGACUACUGUGAAACAGCCUACAUGAUCCUUCGAGGUCACGGCCUCCUCUUCUUACAUCUGUUCUCCUUGAUGAAAGCGGCUGGCCUUCCAGAGUUGAGUUGCUCCAAAGACAUCCAGUAUCUCAAGGACUCGCUGGCUUUGGGGAAGACAGAUGAGGAGGCCCGGAAGCAAUUCCAGCUGAAGUUCAACGAGGCCCUCCGGGAGAGCUGGAAGACCAAAGUGAAUUGGCUGGCUCAUAACGUCUCCAAGGAUAACCGUCAGUAGGGGACCCUCUCCCCGAGUCUUCCAUCCCUGUUCGCUCUCAGGAUGGAGCAGUUGGGCCCUCCAUACCUUGCAUGAAACAGGCUGGACCAUUUUAACGUGCCCGAACGUGGACAGCGAGAGGAAGUCCUUCUGCAGAUGUCCUGCUCGGAAGUCCCUGGAGAUAUCUACUCUGCCAAAUGGCGAUGUCCUGGGCAGAGAUGAGGAGCACUGGCAUGAUUUGGCAACCAUGCAGCGUGAUGACUUUGAAAGACGUAUGUGUGUGCGCGAGUUUCGCAUUUUAUACUGUUCGAAGGUACUUGACUCACUCACUGGUUGAGCUGAGGUAGGCUGUAAUGUUUAAAGUGUCUCCAAAGAGCUGGCCUCUUUAUGAAGAGAUGGACUUUCUCACAGUACUUGCUGAUUUAUC